CUGAUAACGCGGCUAUGUGUAAUUGAAUUUUUUGUAAAUUCAUAAAAAUAAUAUAUUUAUUGUUACAUUUUUAAAAUUGUUCGUAUUUUACUACAUUUUUUUUAUUUGUUAUAUUUAAUAGAAUUGGAUUAUUUUUUUAUUGUUCUACGUCAAAUUCAUUGUUACAUUUGUCAAUAAUUGUUCUUAAUUAUCUAGUCAUUUACUUUUUAAUACAAAUUCAGCGUUUUAAAUUUAAAUUAUAUUUUCUUAGUCAAUAUGGAGUGUAGUUUGGCCUCAACAUACACUAGUAGUUCUGCAAAACCUUCUAGCGCCGUUUCGGGUAAUAGAAGCCCAGCAAAGUCUGGUUUACAUGUCAAUUUCACUGAAAAAGUAGAAGUAAAAGAAAAAAGAGAAAAAUUUUUAACAGCCAAGUAUGGUGCCCAUCAAAUGAGCUUAAUCAGAAAACGUUUAGCAGUCGAAAUGUGGUUGUUAGAAGAAUUGCAAAAACUCUAUGAUUUACCCAAAAGAGACCCGGCAGUUGAAGGAAUAGAGUGUGAAGUGGAAGUUGAUAUAGAUGAUCUACUAGAUAUGGAUGAUGAUUGUCAGCGUACACAGUUUCUUCAAAAACUCUUGUCAUCAGCCAAAUCUAAGGAAAAUAUCAAAGAAUUUAUCGAGAGAUUACUUGAAAAGAUUAAAACAUUAUAGAUAAUCACAGGCGGAAUUCAACUACAAUUAUUCAUCCGCCACGCUACCUCUUAACUGCCAAACAAGAAAUGUUAAAUCUUGCCCAUUAAUAGCAUUACAUGCAUUUUGGAGAAAAUUUUCACUCUAGAAAAUUAUAAUAAAAAAAACCGUCCAAAUUUAAAAUAAUAUAUAAGUUUGGAAUGUUUGGAUAUUACAUCAUAAAGAAAAGUAAAAAGUAUAUAUAAAAUAUUAUUUUUUUUGUAUUCAACCCAAACUGUUCAGUGUUUUUUUUUUUUAUUCAAUCAGUUGUAAGAGAUAUUGUAUUAUUUUUCAUAAUGUUGAAACAUAAUUAUUGAUGUAAGUGGUAGGGGCUUUUUAGAUUAAGUUCUGAACAUAUUCAUCUGUUUUGGGGUAAUGUUAACUAUCAACUUACAUAAAUAUUAUUUAGCCACAAACCUGUGAAUACUUAUAUAUUUAAUAACAAGUUUGAUUUAUAUAAAAUUUAAUUGUAUAUAUAAAUGUACUAAUAGUGAAGUACUUACUUGUUGUUCAAGUAUAUAUGCAUUCACAUUCUCAGUUCUUAAGACUGAUCUUUUUAUUGCAAACAAAAAUGUAAUGUUUACUUUCUAAUUACUAUUAUAUUAUUAAUUAGAAUGCACAUUUUAACUUAAUAGUGUAGA